AUGUCAGGCAAAACCACUCCAGACUUGGAGCAGGUCUCGGUAAUCGAAACGACGAGACCAGUCGAAAGUACAACAAUCAACAUACAGGAAGCAACUGAAAUCUAUGGCAACGCUGAAAUUGCCGAAUCUUAUGGCUAUGUUGCUAGAGGGCUCAAAGCACGUCAUGUUCAGUUCAUGGGCCUUGGUGGGUCAAUUGGCACCGCCCUUUUCUUGGGUAUUGGGAGGGCACUAGCAGCUACUGGGCCCCUCAGUAUGUUCCUAGGCUUUCUAAUUACAGGCGCGGCUAUCUGGGGAAUGGUGAGUUUCAAGCCUCACGAAGAGGAGAGUGUGAAUUUAAUAUCUCCACAGAUGCAGUGUCUUGGUGAGAUGACUACCUGGCUGCCGGUCUCGGGGGCACUUCCUGUCUUUGCGAGCCGCUACGUAGACAAGGCGCUCGGCUUUGCUGUGGGCUGGAAUGUCGCGGUGUGGAUAUCGAUUAUCAUCGCUAUUCUUAUCCUUCUCAACGUUCUUGCAGUUUCGAUCUAUGGUGAGGCCGAGUUUUGGUUUGCAAGCUUGAAAUUAAUCACUAUUGUGGGACUUCUCAUACUGGCGCUUAUCAUUGACUUAGGAGGGGCUCCAAGUCAUGAUCGGAUCGGAUUUCGAUAUUGGAAAAAUCCAGGGGCCAUGAAUACAUUCAUCGUCGAUGGUAACACAGGACGCUUUCUUGGCGUAGUGUUUGCCAUGAUUAUGGCUGCUUAUACCUAUGCUGGCGUCGAGUCAGUUGUUGUUGCUGCUGGGGAGGCCGAGAAUCCGAGAAAGAAUCUGCCUAAGGCGGUUCGCCGAGUGUUUUGGCGUCUUUUGUUCUUUUACAUCUUUGGAUCCCUCGCCGUUGGAGUCCUGGUGCCAUAUAACGACACUGCCCUCCUGAUAGCCCUCGCAACCAGUGCUCCGGGAGCCGCCAGCUCUCCUUGGGUUAUUGCUAUCAAACGUGCCGGUAUACCUGUUUUACCCUCGAUUAUCAACGCAGUCAUUCUGAGCUCUGCAUGCUCUGCAGGAAAUGCAUUCCUCUACAAUGGCAGUCGUUAUUUGAUGUCCCUUGCUCAGCUUGGUUUGGCUCCAAGUGUCUUUAUGCGCUGCUCCAAGAGAGGUAUACCCUACUACAGUGUAGGUCUGACAGCGCUUUUUGCCCCUUUGACUUACCUGAGUUGCGCAACUGGGCCGGCGAAGGUCUUUAUCUGGCUUGCAAACCUUGGAACUCUCGUUGCAUUGACGUCUUGGAUGGCCAUAUGUGUUACCUACAUACGGUUCUAUGCCGCUUUAAAGGUCCAAGGUGUAGACCGCAGCCACCUACCAUUCAGAUCGCCAUUUCAACCAUAUCUUGCUUGGUCGACACUCACAUUCUUCAGCAUCCUCACCAUUUUCAAUGGCUUCUACUCUUUCAUGCCUUGGAAUGUGGAAACAUUCUUGACCACAUACAUCGGCAUCCCGAUCUUUAUUAGCCUGCUCGUCUUCUGGAAAGUGUUCAAGAAAACGAAAAUUGUCGAUCCCGCCGAGGCCGAUUUGUGGACGGGUAAAGCCGCAAUCGAUGCUGAGGUUUGGCCCCAAUCGGAACCUCAGAAUUUUCUGGAGAAGGUCUGGGCAUGGAUUGUUUAG